AUUUCGGAAUCACCUCCACAAGAAAAACUGCCAUGGAAAGAAUGGGGCACAAAGAUGGUUAAAGGUGUCAACUAUAGGGCUGCGUGUCAAAGAGCUGUUGUCGUACCGACUCUCUACUAUGAUGAUUUCACUCUUGGUGCGUUGGGAAUUCGCGAUGAUGUUGACUGGCUCUUUCGAAAAUGGGGAUUACGAAAGUUCAUUUCGUUUAAGUACAAUGCUUAUGAAAAUCUUACUAAGGAGUUUCUUGGAACAGUCACAGUUGGUUUUCAGGAUGCCAGGACACCAAAAGCAGAUACUGGGAUAUUAGAUUUCUGCAUUGGUGACAAAGAGUACUCUAUUACGAUUCCGGAUCUUUGCAAGGCCUUUGGUUUCACUUCUUACGAGAAGAUCCGAUUCACACCCUCCAAAAGCACUUACCCAAUAUGGACACAAUUUGCAGAUCAUAAUGCUUAUGAAGGUGGUUCUAAAGCAGCACAGAUCAAGCAUCCUGCUUUGCGUUAUGCACAUCGAAUGUUAGCCAACACUAUGUUUUCUCGGGGAGAUACUGGCACAGUCAAAGCAGAUGAGUUCUAUAUCAUGAUGGCACCAUUCAUCAACGAUCCGCAAAAGGUAAACCUUGGAGCAGUUCUCGCUUGUGAGUUGGUAGAAUAUAAGCAUUAUGCUUACGAGAACAGGAACAAGCGAGCUGUUUUUGGCAUUGGUGGAGUUGUUUCAGUAAUAUUGGAAGCUUGUGGGGUUGAUCUGAAAGAGCACACUCCUGUGGAAGGGGACAACCGCAUUGAUCUUGCUUUUCUUGGGCGCACACAUUACUUAGGAGGAUGGGUUGAUAACCCUCUGCGAUUUGGUUACCGCUUCACUGCAUCUUACGAAAAUGAGCAGAUAUUCUUGUUGCCCAGCCCGCAUCUUCCAUCUAUUAAGCCAGGCAGUACACCAUUUCCGCCUUCACCAAGUUCCUUCUAUAUAGCUACUAGCGACAGACCGCUUUUGCUGCUAAGCAAAUACUUCGCUAAGAUGCGCAAGUCAAUGCAAAAAAAACCCAUACAGUCCUCCGGUGAGAGAUCGGUUAUCUCUCUACCACUUAACCAACCUGUAAAUGCUCCCCUGCGCACCGAGACAGACAAGUGGUUCUACUCUUCUAUCACUAAGCUGGAAAAGAACCAAGCACGGCUUGAGAAGAAACUGGCAUGCCAGGCUUUGAUCAUCACUAAACUGACGCACGCCGUAAAGAAAUAUGCUCCUGCACUCGUCUUUAAGCGUUCUACCAAAGAGAAAGACCCGCGCCAGUACCAUUCUGACGGGGAUUUAAGCGAUACUAGUCUCAGCUUUCCUUUUAUUUUGGAGGAGCAUGAUCUUGACGAAAAUGAUGUCACCAGUGAACCACUAGCUCCAGCUGACCCAUCAACUUUAGAAGACGAUGCGCCGUCUUCCUCGGAUGACGAGUGCUAGCUAAGGUAUCACCG